AUGAAUACAGUAAUGAGUAAUGGUUUUGUAACAAUUGAAGAAGGCGAAGAAAAAGAUAAAAGUAUACGUUUUGAAUUACAAAGGAUUGGCCGUAUUAAAUUUUCUAGAGAUUUGCCUGUUAGAAGGGUAGGUUUUUUAAAGUAAAAUUUAUAUCUACAAAAGGUAAAACAAAUGAGGUGGAGAGAGG